CAGGCAGGUGUUGACAGGUUUUGUCUUUCGCCCGCUAGGCCGGGAUACUGGUUUGUGACUCACUGUUGUGGUAGUCCCAGGUAGUGCAGGCUAAAUACUGUAAUCGUCCUGGUUUCAGUUUCAAAGUUAAGAGUUUUCCGUUCCCGCAGAUUUAGAGGUUAGCUGGCUAACUUGUCGAAGACAUACUAUGGCCUCCGCCUCGGAAAGUGAACAUUUGAAAAUAAUAUUGCUUGGUGGACGAUGGGCAGGGAAGAGUUCAUGUGGAAACACCAUUCUACACAAGGAUGUCUUCAGCAUUGGGGCACAAACUGAAGUGUGUGUCAUGGAAACUAAAUCAUUCGCAGGCUUCCAAGUCACUGUGGUGGACACACCAAGCUGGAACUGGGUUUCUGCAGAGGAUUCAUCUGAGGAACUUAAACAGGAACUGAAGAGAGGUCUUGAGAUGAUUGGUGAAGGUGCUCACGUUUUUCUUAUGGUUUAUCCUUUAGGGGCCCCCUUUAUAGAAAGACAUAAGAUUGCCGUGCAGGAACAUUUAGAGCUUAUGGGUGCUGAUGUUUGGGAACACACCAUGGUGCUCUUCUCCAGGGGAGAUUGGCUAGGAAAGGGUACUAUUGAACAGCGAAUAGAGGGAGCAAAUAAAGAACUCAAGUGGCUGGUAGAACGGUGUAAAAACAGGUAUCAUGUUCUCAACAAUAAGAGCAGGGGUGACGAGUUUCAGGUCAUUGAACUACUGCAGAAGAUCAAACAGAUGAUUUCUCAGAAAAGGAAAUGGAGCAAGACUGAGCCACCUGAAUUUACAGGAGAGACCUCAUCUGCUGGUGCUCCGGAAGAGCCUUCACCUAAAAGAAAUAAGUGAACCGAACUUCAUACUUGUAUGUCUGCUAAGAGGUCAAUGCUGUAUGUGUAUAUACUGAAUAUUUAUUAAAGGGCAUUUUUUAUUUCUCUGUGUCUGUAAGGUUCAAAUGCUGCCAGUGUUGUUAAGCUGUAGUUGACCACAGUGACUAAUUGAUGAUUAACAGUUGACAGAAUAGCAGUCAGGAUAAUAAUUUCCUCGUGGAUGGUAUAUUCCAUAUGGAUGGAGGGGGUGAAGUCAUGGUACGACAAUUCCAUUGUUUUCCAGCUUUCUGUCCAAAAUCUCCAAGACCUUUCCAUGCCCAUGAUAAACGAAACCGAGCUCUGUAGCACUGUAAUGGAGCCAAUCAGAAAGGUCGAUCAAUGGACCCCAGUUGGCCAUACACCAACCCCCUGCAAUGUCUUUGAUACAACAGUCAAACAAGCUACAAUCACAGCAUGAGGAGCUUGUUUUGAAGUGGGCAGAUGAAGGCCAUGGUAUUGACCAGGCCAUGUAGCCUGUUUGGACUCGCUCACCAUCUCUGGUUCUGUCAGUAUAUCGCUUACAGGUGCGUUGGGAUUAUAUAUAACACCGUGAUCGAAGAGUCACACCGGAGAAAAAAGGCCUCAUACUGAUCUGGAGGUACAUUUGUUAGUUUGCUGAAUCUUAACCGUUGGAUUCCUGGAUCUGGAGACCUGGGGAAGAAAAAGAUAAGACAAAAUCAAAAUGUUUUUUUGGACUUUUGAUCAUAACAUUCAGUUUUGCCAGUUUUUGUUUUUGCAUGGAAUGUACUCCUUAACCAUACAAAUGAAAGCACUGCAUAUUACGAAAAAUGCUUGUAAUUCCCACAGACUCCUUGAUUCCCAGUUUAGCAUAUUCCCAGAUGGCUAAUAGAGACUGUGUCACUCAGACCGAGUCCAGCGCAUUCUGG